AUGAAUAACUUUGCAGAGAGAAAACCACAUGCAGUGUUAACUCCAUAUCCACUUCAAGGCCAUAUCAACCCAAUGUUACAACUAGCAAAACUACUUCACCUUAGAGGCUUUUAUAUAACCUUUGUAAAUACUGAAUACAAUCACAAACGCUUGCUCAAUUCAAUGGGUCCAAAAGCCUUUGAUGGUUUCACUGACUUUGACUUCGAAAUCAUCCCAGAAAUGAAUGGUGAUGGUCAUGUUAGCCAAGACUUGCAAACUCUUCGCGAAUCAAUCAGAAAGAACUUCAUCAACCCUUUUCGUGAGCUUGUCGCUAGACUUGAUGACUCUGCCAAAUCUGGUCUUAUACCUCCUGUUACAUGCUUAGUUUCUGAUAGUUUCAUGUCAGUUACCACACAAGUUGCAGAAGAACUUGCACUCCCAGUCGUUCUCCUUGUCCCAUCUAGUGCUUGUUCUUUCUUGUCUGCUUUACACUUCCGUACACUUAUUGAGAAAGGUGUCAUACCACUCAAAGAUGAGCGUUAUCUAACAAAUGAAUAUUUGGAUGCUAAAGUCGAUUGGAUUCCAGGUUUGCAAAAUUUUAGACUCAAGGAUCUUCUUGCUUUUAUAAGGACAACAAAUCCUAAUGAUUUGAUGAUAGAAUUUAUCAUUGAAGUAGUAGAUAGAUUUCAAAGAGCCUCUGCUAUUGUUUUCAAUACUUGUAAUGAUCUUGAGAGUGAUGUUAUGAAUGUUCUAUAUUCUAUGUUCCCUUGUUUAUACACCAUUGGCCCUUUUGCUUCUUUUUUAAAUCAAUCUCCACAUAAUCACUUGGCAUCUUUAGAUUCCAACCUUUGGAAAGAAGACCCCAAAUGCUUUGAAUGGCUAGAUUCGAAAGAACCUGGGUCUAUUGUUUAUGUGAAUUUUGGAAGCACGACGGUUAUGUCUCUAGAAAAACUGUUGGAAUUUGCUUGGGGUUUGGCCAAGAGUAAGAAACCAUUUUUGUGGAUCAUUAGGCCUGAUCUUGUCAUUGGCGGUUCGGUAGUUUUUUCAUCUGAGUUUGUGAAUGAAAUUUCAGAUAGAGGCCUAAUUGUUGGUUGGUGCCAACAAGAGAAAGUGUUGAAGCACCCUUCCAUUGGUGGAUUCUUAACUCAUUGUGGAUGGAACUCGACGAUUGAAAGCAUAUGUGGUGGAGUGCCGAUGUUGUGUUGGCCAUUCUUUGCUGAUCAACCAACAAACUGCAGAUACAUUUGUAAGAUAUGGGAGAUUGGGAUUGAAAUUGACAGCAAUGUUAAAAGAGGAGAGGUGGAGAAGUUGGUGAAUGAGUUGAUGGUGGGAGAGAGAGGAAAGAAGAUGAGGGAAAAGACAAAUGAGAUGAAGAAGAAAGUAGAGGAGGAUACUAGACCUGGUGGUGGUUCAUACAUGAAUUUGGACAAACUCAUUAAGGACGUGUUGCUUAAACAAAAUCAAACUUAA